UUGUCUCAUGACCAUUUGGACUGAAUACUUUUUUUUGACUAGCUUGAAUCGUUCAACGCCUUUCAACCUAUUGACUACCUUUGUCUACCAGCGACACGACUGCAAUCUUUUUCAGAUCAGUAUAUAUAAGCGUACCAAUUGAUCGUCAUCAAUUCUAACAACAACACCAUGUCCGAGUCGAUUUUCGGCUCUCCAUCUCACCUCUUAACUGCCGAGUUUGCACCUGAGUCAGCGCAGACUGGCAAUGAGGUCCGUAUGCCGGCCCCUGUUCACCAACCACCACCUAGUUUUACAGAUAUCCAAUUCGGUAUCAUCGGAAAACCGCCCAAUUUACUCAGUCGCAUUUCUGCGCCAGAUCCGGGACAAAUGUCCUUUCGUUCUCCCUCACCAGCAACGUUGCAUCUUCCACCUCCAGUAACCCGUGCCCCAGUUCCAAAUUCGCGAAAGCUGGCUGAGCGGAUUCAAAUGGAUCAUUCACAACUCAACUCAUCCGCAAAAUCCCAAAAUCUUCAUCCAACACGUGAAUUGCCCCCUGCACCACGGAUAAAGCGCAACCGUUACGUUCCUGCAAACCCUCAUUUAAUUCCUCCAAUCGAGGUUCUCCCGACUACUUCCGAGUCAAACAUGUUGCAAAUGCAAACCCCCGCAAAUGCUGCCGCCAACGAAGUCAGAGAGGCAUUAACACCCGAACUCGUCUACCCCGGCUCAUUUCUUGUAACUCCGACCACUGAACAAUCCAAUCGUGACAUUUUCUCAUCGUCCCAUCCGUCUGGGUCGCCAAAACUACAUUCUUCCACAGGAUUCUUUCCUCAACUAACCCAGAGUUCACCCUCGUCGACGCUAUCAGCAUCUCUUCCUCCGAAUUCUAAAAUGACUGGUACCAGCUCAAGCCAAGUUCCAGACGUUGUGCAGCCUGAAACAUUUCAAGAGCAAGUCGCACAAGACUCAUUGUCCGCUUUACAUGCCAGGCUUCUAGAAAAGAACAAAGCUUUAUCCCUUGCCCUUCCUACACCGCUUCUCAGGACCCCAUCCCCAUUUGCACCGCCUUCGAAUAUACUCGAGUUAGCUGCUGGGCUUCGUAAUGAAACGAAUGAGGAGGAGUUUGGCGUCAUUGUUCUUCGACAUCCGUACCCUCAGAGCAGUUCCACCUCAAACGGUCCCUUGGAUCAAGAAAUGUUACCAGCUGAUGAUGGUAACGCUCUUGUCCUGACGAGUUCGCGACCUUCCAAUAUACCAACCUCGCGGAACACCCACAUUGAGCCAUUGGUCGAAGCCAUAAAGGAGCUCCUAUUCGUUGCCGAGGGUGCCGCCAAACAGCAGCGCGAUGCGAAUCAAGUAUUUGAUGCAGAGCGCAUGGACUUCGAUGCGCGCCGAAAGGCGUUCGAUGAACACAUGCUCGUGAGGGAGGCGGAAUACAAUUCUCAGAUGCGAACGUUGCAGAAGCAGCGGGAGGAGUUGCGCACCAGGGAGGAGAGACUUGUGGCGCUGGAGGAGGAAUCACGACUCCGAGCGGAAACAAAGCGCGCUCGAGAUGCUCAACGCCGUGCACAAGACGAUCAGCGAAAGUUGGAGGAUGAGUCAAGACGGACGGCCAUCCAGGAAGAAAUUGCCGAAGCGAUGAAGCUUCUCGAAGACGUAAAAGCUGAGAAGACACAGUGGGAAGCAGAGAAGGAGCGUAUCGAGAGAGACAGGGCUCUGGCUCAAAAUAAUGCAUCGCCCCUCCAGCUUUCUGCUGAUAUCGAGCCUCGUGUUGAGAAGGAGGAUGGUAUGACUGAAGAAGAGAUUAAGGUGGUCGAUAACCAUAACAACUCUUUGGUUUACCAACACAAAUUGACCGAGAAUCUGAAAAAGCAAAUCGCCUGGACUCGUCAAUCUUGCGGUACACUCCAGCAUUUGAAGGAGACGCGUUUGCAGGCUGCUGAAGCAGAGCAUCGGCGGGUCGAAGAGGAAGCAAAGAAGCAGAGGGUCCAGGCCGAAGAGGCUGAAAAGCGGGCUGAUGAAGAACAAAAACUGCGACACAGAGAGCUCCUCGCUCAGCAGACCGCUCUGGAAAAGGCUGCUCGCAUCCGUGCUGGGCGUGCUGGACACUUGGUGAUUUCCACGACCGAUGGUGGCAACAUAGAAGGUAUGAAUGUGGAGGUAGAGGUCGAUGAAUUAGCAUCACCGCUCGAACGUACUGUCCUGUUGCCGGGUCAAAAAGGCAGCGCACCAAAGAAGCCUGCUUCGCGAGCAAAGAAGACCUCUCAUUCUCAGGGAACUUCCGGCAACGUUAUGCUUGGCGCACUGUCAACCUCGGAUGGUCCCCCUUCAUCAUCAAUGUCAACACCCACAUCAUCAUCAACUGCCCCAGCCUCCUAUAAGACACCCUCGUUUGUGUCGGCUUCUACUGACGUCGGGAGACGGGUGAUUACAGAUGCGCCUUUGUUUUCGACUCAAUUGGCUUCUGAGUUCUCUCUGCAUUCGUCCGUCUCUCCCCUAUCAAAUGAGCCACUGCUGAGUUCCAAAAAAAUUGCGUUGCCCAGUACUCCCAAGUCACGUACCAUCCUCGGUAGCGAUACCAACAAGUGGACUGAAUGGACUGUUAGUCAACAGGCGAAUGUCUCACCAGCUCAGAGAGACGCGAAUUUGCGACACAUCAAGAAGAAUAGACGCGUCGAGAAGAGUGCUGCUGGAGAUCGGAGCGUGAAGCGACCUGACGACUCGCUUCCUAUCAAGAUGAUAAAAACAGAAGAAGUGGUGGUCGAGGAAUCGCGUGAUCAAGAACAGACUAGCAGUCUCCCUGAGGAAGGAGCAUCCGCCCGAUCUGCGGAUGUCAUAGUUCACAUUCCAAAUGACAAUCUGCCGUUCAAAAUUUCGAACAUCAAUGCUUCUCAAACGAACGAUAUCCCUCAAACUUCCGUCGAACUCGUCAUCGGUCAAGUGCCAAGUGCAUUUUUGCGCUCCAAUGCUCGAGUUGGUUCAGCAGGUACAUCAGGGUCUGUGACAGGGCUCGCACCAAUUCGAAACAGCCCAGAUCCCUGGGUCAUGGAUGCCUCUGUGGCCCGUCAGCAAUGGACUCCAGAUGCCAUAUCCCCUCAUUCUGAGUCAUCGGAAUCUGUCUCUCGUUACGAUCCCAACCAACGCUCUCGACAGAACUCUCAGAUUAGCGGACAAACUAGAUCCCCGGAACCCUCGGGUUUCGUCCGCAGUAAUGGUACCAGCGGCGGGUCUCGUAGUCAGCAUCAGCAGUGGGCUCCUCGUUAUCCGGACCACUAUUCCCCCCCUCCUACAUCUGCGACGUCAUCUCAUCAUCGGCACCUCGAACAGAACGAGGCCAGAGCUUACAGGCUCCCCAUUCCUCCCCGUCCAAUUUCGCCGAUGAACAGUGGCAGAAAGAGGCCGGCGGAGCACGACAGUGAAGAUGAGAAUCGUGAUCGCUGUCGACCACGAGGCGAUCAUUAUGUACCAGAACGAGACUAUCGGAAUCCUCGUGGACUUGCCCGUCGCUCCCCUGUUGCAGAAACGGAGUGGCGAAGGGGUCGUUCUACCUCACCAGAGUUGCGCAGCUCAAUUCACGAUCGACUACGGUCACCCUCACCCUCCCGUCAAAUUAGGCCGUACAGUGACCGGGAUGCACUUGAUAAGCGUGGGCGGCAUGAGGGCAGUUACAGGCCGGAUUACACCAACGCCGCAGAUGUCCGACGUCCCUCCGAUUCGGGAUACAGCAAGGAAGAGCGUUCCACUCGCCGUGAAGAGCGCGAUCCUCGUGGCGACGAGCCCUCACUUCUAGGGCGACUUUCAACACCAGGAGGACGUGGAAACACCAACCGCGGUUGGGGGCGCGGUAAAGGUGACAUUGAGAGAGGAAGAGGUAGUGCCAGUAGCCGAGGUCGCCCACAACAGCCAUUGCCACCGAGGCCCUUGGAGGAACGCAUCGCGAAAUAGGGUGGAAACCUGGUAUUCGUAAGGUUUGAUCUUUUCUCUCAAGUUCAUCCUUUCAUGUCUUGCAGUCGUCUCAUGUUCUCUAUGCUAUAUGCCAUUUUUUUCGUGUUUGUCUAGUGUUGCCGAGGCGAAACGAAUCGAGAUGGAAAAUUCUGGU